AUGGCCGCUAUGGAGCACCUGAGCAAAGCUCCUCCCCUCAAUUAUAACGACGACGGCCACGAUAGCCCGCGCGAGGAGACCACCAAGAACAACAUGGAGCGCCGACGCUACCCUCUUCCCUCCAGUCAGCGCUACGGCACGCGCACACGCCCCGAGACGCCAGACCCGACUCUCGUGUCCGAUGAGCCCCCCUCCAGCUACAACCCGUACAUUCCCAGUGAGCGUUUCCGCCUCAUGUUCGAGGUCGACGAUUCCACCGAGACGUACGGCGACCUGCGCGUGCGCCCCGACACGCGCAUCAUCGGCCGUGCAGGCCCCCAAACAAGCGAAGUGCCUUUUAUUGAUGCGAACUCCGACUACCAGCCCCUUGGUAAAGACAAGAACAAAGGCAGGAAGGGCAAGGACAAGACCGUUGGCCUGCGCAUGCGCAAAAGCUGGGAGAAACUCCGGGAGAGCGUUGGCUUGGAGGAAAAGCCCAAAUAUCCCCGCGAGGCCUGGCCCCAGGAGCAGAACGACGGAGGCUCGCCGCCGGACCAGCGCCCCGAGCCGCUGAGCCGUCCUUUCGACGAGAAGAAGGCAGCGAAGCUGGCCAAAGGCGAGCGGAAGGGCUCGAUCUCGUCACUCUUCUCUCUAGGCGGCCGCUCCACCAGUGGCCGCUCGCUCAAGGAGCGCCGCGGCAUUCCUCCCAUGGAGCCGCUGCACAUUCCCGAGAACCGCCAUGAGCGUCUCGCGAUGGGGCCGACGCUGACGCACACGCCACGUGAGUGGAAGAUCAACGACGGUGACAUCACGCGUCUGCGUGCGGCCUCGCCUCACGCGGAGAGCCUUCGUCUCAACGUCGUCGACGAGCGCGUGCGCCGCGGCGAAAGCCCCGCCAAGAGCACUGUGCACCGCCUCGUCCGCCGCGCUAGCGGACCCCUCCGCCGCACCUUUUCCAAGAUGAGCCUCCGUUCAAAGAAGAGCACGGAGAAUGUCGACGCCAACGAAGGCGAGGACUUCUUCCUACCCGCCCCGAAUGCCCUGCACGCGCCUCGCCCCGACCGUCACGCGUGCUACCUCGACUGCAAAAGCUGCCUCCGCGAGGACGUACACAAGUUUACUGUCUGCUUCUGCGACUGCGACGGGUGCCGCCGUUGUCGCAAUGCCCGCCAGUAG